AUGGAAGAGGUCAAUUCCGUGGUCGGCGUUGAUCAUCUCUCCAACAGUCUUCUACCCGCGAUCGUAGACUUGGCCCGAGUACCCGUCUGGCGGAUUCGAAUGGCGGUAAUCAACCAGAUGCCCAUGCUGGCCGAUCAGCUGGGGGAGAAUUUCUUCGAUGAGAAACUCAUGCAACACUUCUUCAGCUGGCUCAUUGACGCUGCCUACGCCGUCCGGGAGGCUGCAAUUGUCAAAUUGUCUCACAACGAGAACUACCUCCAUCGAAUGAUCUGUCUGCAAUGCAUCAUCCAUCUCAGCCCCGUCCUUGACGCCUCUAUCUCCAAGGACGUCCUUCUACCGACCGCCUUAAACAUGAAUCAAGAUCGAGUUCCCAACGUCCGAUUUAAAGUUGCCCAGGCGUUGGCGAAGAUAGGUGAGGCCAUUCCCUCCGACAUGGUCACCUCCGAGGUGAUGCCCUGCCUUCAGAGGCUAACAGAAGACCCGGAUGUGGAC